AUGGAAGACGCGUUCCACCAGCCAGCCAACACUCAUGCCACAAACAAUGCCAAGUCAGUGUCGGAAAUGGCAAUCGUGCCAGCAAUACCGACAAGCACACAUGUGCACACCAGCACAAGCAACACUCAAGCAGGUAAAACAGCCGCCGAUACUGAAGUGAAUGAUGAAACCGAUGACGAAGCACAAGGGGAUGAAGAUGGUGGGCAAUCAGAAAUCAUGGUACCCCAGCCACCGUAUCUUGGGCAGAGUUUUGAUUCGUUUGCAGAUGCAAAGGAAUUCUACCAGACAUAUGCAAAGUUCCAUGGGUGGCACAUUAUAAAGAAGGCUGAGGAGACGCUAGGACCGUUCUUUGCUGACCGUCCAGAGCUGCACAAGGCAUUCGAGUUGUGCGUGGACCACAGCUUGACGGUGGAGGAGUUUGAAAGGAGCUGGAUGGAUAUGAUUGAAACAUAUCAAGUCCAAGACCAAGAGACGCUUGCUAGCUUGUGGGAGAAGCGAAUGUACUGGGUGCCGGCCUACUUCAUGCAGUGCUUCUUCCCGUUUCUGCAGACUACACAGCGCAGUGAGGGGUUCAAUGCUGUUUUGAAGCGGUGGCACAUUAUAAAGAAGGCUGAGGAGACACUAGGACCGUUCUUUGCUGACCGUCCAGACCUGCACAAGGCAUUCGAGCUGUGCGUGGACCACAGCUUGACGGUGGAGGAGUUUGAAAGGAGCUGGAUGGCUAUGAUUGAAACAUAUCAAGUCCAAGACCACGAGACGCUUGCUAGCUUGUGGGAGAAGCGAAUGUACUGGGUGCCGGCCUACUUCAUGCAGUGCUUCUUCCCGUUUCUGCAGACUACACAGCGCAGUGAGGGGUUUAAUGCUGUUUUGAAGCGGUACGUGAGCCCUGGCAACUCAUUGCUACAGUUUGCCAAGCAGUACACCGCUUUGCAACAAAAAAUACUGGGAUCCGAGCUACAGCAAGAAGCAAACACCGCGCUCAAGCAGCCAAAAUUGCUAACGUAUUUACCAAUGGAGAGGCAGAUGAGCAAGAUAUACACCAACACGAUUUUUAACAAAUUCCAGGAAGAAAGAAAGCGUGCCAGCAUGUACACGGCUUUCCAGGUGGACGAACAUACGUUCAAGGUGUGUUCUAUCAUGGGCAUGUCGGAUUCAGAACCUGAAGACCCAGACAAGGGAAGGAACUACUUUGUGAAGGCAUCAAUAAGCGAAGGCGAAUACUACUGCCAAUGCUGCAAAUUCGAACGGGACGGGAUUGUGUGCUGUCACAUUCUAAAAGUAAUGGACUUGAACGCGGUGACACGAAUGCCCCGCCAUUUCAUAAGGCAGCGAUGGACUUGGGACGCUGACGACGCAUUGGCGCCGCAAACAUCAAACGCAGUUUUGGCCGUGCAUGACGAGAGACCAGAGUCAACCAUGGAAGCCGUGAGGCACGUUGUGUUGACAAAGAACUAUGCUGAACUAAUUGAUGAAGCGUGCAAGAGUGAUGAGACAGCAAGGGUCGCAGAAAAACACAUGAAGAUCCUCAAAAGAGAGCUUGAUGAGAUCAAGAAGAGGAAAGCUGAGGAAGCCUUACACAGGUUCCCCCGCACAUCAAGUGUGCCUUCGUCCACAGGGCCAUCAUCUGAAAACUCGGAGGUAGGAUCUGAAAUAGAAAGCACACAAACACAGGUUAGGAACCCGCCCCGUUCCAUCACAAAAGGGCGUCCAAAAGAGAUAAGAUACAAAUCGGGAUUGGAGAUUCAAGCAAAACAUAAGAAACCAAAGAAAGGGAUGGGCAAUCCGUGCAUCAGAAUCAGAAGUAAAAAUGCCAUGAAGGAAUAG